AACAUGGAUACCUUAAAUAUACAAGUUUGUACUAACGGCUUAUAUUUUUUGGCGGUCAAACUUUUUAUAGUUUUCGUCACAAUAACCUUCAUUAUUUUAGCAUUUCCUGUAAUAGGUUUUUUCUACCUCCUUCGACGAACUGUUGCCCUACUCGGGAAGUUAUUAAUUGGGUUAGAAAUCGUUCCCCUGUUCGACGGCCACAUGGCUGCUGAAAACGUUUAUGACAUCCAAGCACUCUCAAUGUCGGUCACCCUGGUUGGCAACGCUCCAGUUAUAAAUAAAUCAGAAAUUGUACAGCUAGUGCGAGACAACCUUAUUGGAAAACGUGAUCAGAAUGGAAAUGUACAAUUUCCCGAAUUAAGAUGUGGCCUUCGCCCAUAUCUUGGCUACUUGUUUUGGGAACCUGUAAAACAUUUCGACUUGGAACAACAUGUCGUGCUUUACAAAGAUACAGGUCUUCCACUCCCCGAUUGGUCUGAUCUUGACGCCAUGAGAAAAAUAGCCAGCCAGAUGUUGAGAAGUCGAUGCUGGAGGAAGGGGGCACCACUUUGGGAAAUCAUACUUUUAAACAACGUUCCUCGCUCGCACUUGCCAAGAAAUUCUUGCAACGGUUCACUCCUCAUUUGGCGAUUUCAUCACGUUCUAAUGGACGGCUAUGGCACGUUCAAGGUAUUGAUGCAAUUAUUUGACAAGUAUGACAAAGUAAAGGACUCAGUUGUUCCGACAACAAUGUCAAUAUAUGAUGGUAAAAUGACGUGGGAGAAGUUUCAAGCUAUUUGUACCGCGCCGUUUAAAAUUGGUGCAGCAUUUCUACCAAUGGUUCUUUGUCCGAUAACACUUCCAGCAAUUUUCAAAGGUAAUGGGAACAAAAUACUUUCCCACGCCUCCCUGACUGUUCCAUUAGAUUACAUUAAAGCUCUCAGAAAGAAACAUAAUGUGGACCUUGCAUCGGUUUUGAUUGCCGUCAUGGCCGGCGGGAUUAGACGAUUUCUUCUCAAAUAUGAGCAAAAGAUACCAAAUAAAUUGGGCAUUCUGACCCCCAUGCCAAUGCCAAAUCAUCCCGACAAAUUAACAAAUUACGUUUGCGGAGGAAUUUAUCCAGUCCCGUUGCGAGAACAUAAUAAUAUCAACCGGCUGAAGGAGAUAUCGGCAAUGAAUGCAAUCUUUAGAGAUAAUAGCGUCGUCCCACUCACCCAUUGGAUUGGAAAUCUGGCCGGAGUAUUCCCACAGUUUUUAUUAAUAGCGUUUAAAACCUUGUUCCCGCUUCCACCCCUUUUCCUGUCCAAUGUGGUUGGACCUAUUGAACAAAUGCUUUAUGAUGAGAUGCUAAUCACGGAUAUUAAAGUGGGCAUAAAUUUACCAAUACAUGGACCUCGAGGUUUCUGUUUUGCAUUUCUUACAUAUGAUGGACAAGCCACCCUCGCGGUUUCGGCAUAUAAUGAAUAUUUAAAGUCAAACAAACAUGCAGAUGAGCUUAUGAAAUAUUGUAGGGAAGAAAUGAAGGAGUUGGAAUAAUAAAAAUGGAUGUGUACAUAUGUA